AAAAGUAAAUUAAAAAAAAAGAGAGAUAUUAAACUCGUCCUCUCUAUCUCUCCACUUUCUUUUUUUUCUCAAUCUUGGUGCGUUACAGAGAGGAUCCUUCGAUUUCGAGGUUUUGGGCGAUGGCGUCGAAGCGGAUCUUGAAGGAGUUGAAGGAUCUGCAGAAAGAUCCGCCAACUUCCUGCAGCGCAGGCCCCGUGGCUGAAGACAUGUUCCAUUGGCAAGCAACUAUAAUGGGCCCCCCAGACAGUCCUUAUGCAGGAGGUGUCUUCCUAGUUACCAUCCAUUUCCCUCCAGAUUAUCCAUUUAAACCACCGAAGGUGGCAUUCAGGACAAAGGUCUUCCAUCCAAAUAUUAACAGCAACGGAAGCAUUUGCCUUGACAUCUUGAAGGAGCAGUGGAGCCCAGCAUUAACUAUAUCCAAGGUGCUUCUCUCGAUAUGUUCUUUGUUAACGGAUCCAAACCCGGAUGACCCGUUAGUUCCCGAGAUUGCUCACAUGUACAAGACAGAUAGGAACAAGUAUGAAACUACUGCAAGGAGCUGGACCCAGAAGUAUGCAAUGGGUUAGAAUUAUGAGGGUCUGGGUUGAUUUGAGGCUACUCUCCUUCCUUUCUCUUGUUUGUUAAAUGGGUUGCUGUUGUCCUGUAUUUGUUCUAUUUCGAGGAUGAAAUUAUCUGUUAUUGUCUCUUUAAAAAAAAGUCUUGGAAGGGAAACCUCAAGUUGCUCUGUAGAGGAAAAAGAAUGACAAACAUAUUACUGCUUUGAUUGUUUUCUGUGUGUUAGGAAUAUUGACUUCAUCCCGUCUCUUUUACUAACU